AUGUCAUCGACUCUCAAAGUAUCCCUGCCGCUCAACGUAGAGGAGGAUGCGGAGCUUACGGACAGAUUCAAAGACUCUGCCCUCGCGAUUACUGCCCUCUUCAAGCACGCACAAAAGUCGAGAAAAGCGGCAUUCGCUCAAGGCUACAAUUCUUGCGUAUCCGACCUUCGAGAUUAUAUCCGAUCUAAUGCCCGUACCUCGGAAGCCGAUCGACCUUUGACAGUCGGUGCCAUCCUAGAUUUCUUGGAGAAUCGCCAAGUGCAACUUUUACGUGACCUAGAGGUUUCUACGGGCGGCGGCUUGAAUGGUGCGAACACCUCCACCAGCGAAUCCAAACCCCCGCUUUCAAGACCUACUAAGAGUCCGUCUCCUUCCACCCCUCAUACAACUCACUCCGUCUCUCGUCAACGUUCUCCGACCAUCAAGUCGACGUCUCCACGCCUCAGCGGUCAAACACCUACACCAAACGUCCCUCCUUGGGUCUCACCCUCGUUAUCUCCUACAGCCAUAGUCGAACCCGAUUGGUCGGAUUUGUCCAUGCCAUCAGUGGACAGCUCAAAGACAAACGCCGGGACAGGCUGGCCAGAAGUGUCCGUGCUUUCCAUGCUACCGCUCCCGGUUUCACCGACGACUGCGGCCGUGCUUCCUUCUGCCGGUGGAAAGCGCAAGCGAGAUGCACUCGUCGAAGUUGACUCGAAGAACAUGGCCAACGUUCACCUGCAUGGUCGGCAUGGAGGCAAUAGACGUCGCAAAGGCAAUCCAAAUAGGAACGGCAACCAGAAUCGCAUCAACGAGGAUUGGCAAAUGGACGUUAUGGACGAUGAAGUUUCUGGACGUGAGCGAAAGCGCGUCAGAGGCUGA